CGCGACCAGUAGUAGAAGUCACGCGAGACUCACGGCACUAGUCACUCCUCCGCCCGCCGCCGCCGCCAUUGUCGAGAGAGAGAGAGCCCGAGCGAGGGAGCGAGCGCACGCACGGGGACCGAGGAGAGAGACUGACUGACUGUACCAUGGAGAGCGGCGGCGCUUCUUUCGGAGGGGGAGGGGGAGGAGACGGCGGCGGGCACCUGUGCCACCUCUGCGGGUACAAGUACGCCAGCGCGCACCCCAGCGCAAAGCAGCGCCGCGCGCACCGUAAGAACUGCGGCAAGCCGCCGUCCGCCACCGCCGCCGCGGGGGCGGAGGAGGAGGGCGCCGACGGCAGGAAGUCGCUGCUGCUGCCAGGUGAGCGCGAUGGGGAAAGAGGCGGAGAGGGAAGCGCUUCCGGUGGCGGCGGUCUCCCCGGAUCUGCGCAGGAUGGUGGCAAUGUGCUCCAGGACGAGGACAAUGGAGACCACUCUUCUCCUAAUGGUGCUGGAGCUCAAGUUAGCAUUGAUAAGUCCAUUGAAGAUUGCCUCAUCAGUUGCAAUGAUAUCCCUUCUGAGGUUGCUCCCAAGGCUAAUGGAACUGAGCUUCAAACUGAAGUGGCCAGGCAGUUAUCUGAAAAUGCACUACAUCUUGAAGAUUUUCGUCCAUCUCAACCUGACGUUAGUGGUGAUCAGCAGCAGGAUGCUUUUGCUUCUCAUCCUCCAUCGGAACCUGAAGAUGGUGCUUUGGAAAUCUCUGCAGAUGAAAUAAGCAAGCCAUGUGUCACAGUCCUGACAUCAAAUGCUGCUUCAGAUGACAUUUCUGCACAAACAAAUGCUAUAGUUAGUUGUCCUGAUGAUACUGGCAUUACUGAAAAAGAUUUUGUGAUUGACACCAUUGGCAGAGACAAAACUAGUGAGGACUUGCUGGUAAAAGACAGUGAGAUCAAUUCAUUGUAUCAGGAUAAGCCGCAGAUCAAAAUUGUCGAGGGGCAGAGUGCUACUGCACCAGAGGAAGAUUUAUGUGUCAGUAAUGUGAGUGUGGUUUCUCAAAAAGAAAUCCCCAGUGAAGAGACUGAAUCCAAGGAGGAAAGCGGGUUUAUCACAACUAACUCAAUUGAGCCCUCUACUGAUAAGCAUGUUCACACGGAUGAUACCAGUGGUGAUGAUUUACUUGAACUUGCUGCUGGUGGUUCUCAUUUGGAGGAAGGAGAUGUUGUCAAAACCCAGCAGCAAACUGAUUCCACACUGGUGGUAGCAGAUCAGCUGUCAAACUCCAAAAAGACGGACCUUGAAGGACAGCGUUAUCCUGAUGCAGAUGAGGUCAUCCAAGCUGUGUCAAGUGCAAUAGGACCUGAUGUAGAUGCUGGGGUCAUAUCGGCGGGUAGUGCUGCUGAUCUUACAAAGAAAGACCCCACUGAAUCUGAAAUUGACCUAGUAGAACUUAGCUCAUACCCUACUUCUCAUGUGAUCAAUGUGAUAAGCAGCAAACAUGGUGUUGAAGAUGCACAGGAUAAUGACAUGAGUGCAGACCUUACUUCCCAUGAGAGACCUGUGGAGCACAGCAUUGACAUUGACGAAGCCACUUCUCAUGGGGCUAAUGCAGUGUGCAGUACAGGUAAUUUUGAAGGAAUUAAGCAGAUUGAAGAAAUUACUGCAGAAGAUGGUCUUGGAAAGAUCAGCGUACCGCAGGGUACAAUUAGUGUUGAAGAAAAGGAACUUAUUGAAGAGGUUACACCGGAUCCUGCUUCUGUCAAGACUGAUGUGAUAAGCAGCAGAGACAUUGUUGAAGAAAGGGAGGAGGGUGAGGUCUAUGUGGGAACUGCUCACGAGGUAAACAUGGCGAAUAUCCCAGGUAAUGUUGAAUUAGAUAAGCACAGUGAAGAAACUUCCAAAGAUCCUACUGCUUGUGAAACCAAUAUGACAAGCAUCACAGACAAUGUCGAAGAAAAGAAGCAAAAAGAAGAAAUUACCAACACAGAUCAUACUCUUCAUGCUUUUAAUGUGAUCUGCAGUCCCGACAAUGAAGUCAAGAAGAAGAAUGAAGACAUGACUGAGGGCCCCAGUUCUCACGAAAAUGCUCUGGUGGAUGGCACAGAUAAUGCUAAAGAGAAGGAUGAAGAGGCCAUGUCAGACCCAACCCCUUACAAGGUUGAUGUGGUAAGCACUGUUGAUGUUGCUGAAGAAAAGAAGCUGAAAGAAGAGGUUGUUGCAGAACCUACCCAUGAGAUCAAUGUGAAUGAUGUCAUAGAAAAGAGUGAGGAACCUACUGUGUCUCUCAAGAUCGAUGCCGGAAGUAAUGCAGAUCCUAUCCUUGCGGCAGACACUAGUUCUCAUCAGAGCAAUAUACCACAGGUCACAGAUAAUACCGAGGAAAAGAAUCAGAACGAAGACGUUGCUGCUGACCCAACAUCUGAUAAAAUCCCAGAAGCACAAAGCAUAGGUGGCGUUGAAGAACAGAAGCAGAAGGAAGAUCAAAAUGAAGAGAUCACAGACAAGGAAAUGACGAUAAAUUCUGAUAAGAGCCAUGUCUCCCUGAAGUCCCUCCUCUCCGAGAAAGGCAUGGAGGUCAAAGAAAAGAAGGCCAGCACCAAGGACCGAGUGCUUUCAUUCAGGCGCAAAUCGUCGAAGGACAACCCAUCGCCAGCGAAGGCAGGCUCUGAGCAGCAAGACUGGAACUCCCCCGCCAGGUUGCCAGCAGAGAAAUCGCCAAAGGGGAAGAAGCAGCAGUGGAUGCCGUUUAUCUGCUGCCACUCCAUGAACUGAUCCUGUGGAGGGUCGACAUCGCAUUAGUCUUUGGUUUGUUGGUGUGAUUUAGGCUUGCCCAAUGUUUGUAAAUGGCCAUUCCGGGUUUUUUUCUGUCUUAUGGCCGCAUUGGUGUCCAGACUUCAGAUGUUCUUCCCACCAGUGCGAUUUUGAUGUCCUUAAUUACGUCCUGUUUGGAAUAGCUCUUGGUUUGCCCUGUACUUCUUUAAAAUUUACAAACUCUAGUUUCUACCAAUCUAUAUAGAUUAUCAUACCUUAUUGUAA